GCAACCAAGCGCUCCGACUGUGCUUGAUGUGGGAGUUUUGCUUUACAGUAUGCAAAAUGAUUACUUCGGUAAACCACUCAGCUCAGUGAAAAUAUGCAUGCGUGCGAAUUGUAACCUCGUCAGGUGGAAACAACAAUAGAUGCAGGGGAAUCGAUACGCUAUCUGUUUUUGAUAGAAGACCACGGCGAGCCGCGACACACAAGGACACGAAGGCACCAACCACCACGAUCCUGGAAUGACAUUUUGGUCAUAACAAAAAAAAGGCUACUGACUAUCGCUGCAUAUUGGCAACGUUUGAAAAGAUAUUGAGAAACGCUGUAGAGCUUCCUUUUUAUAUCAAAGGACCGCUGCAAACACGCAUAGAAUAAAGCUACAAGAGACGCAGAGGGCAUUAUUUAAAGUAAAAAAAUAAUAAUAAUAAUUCAGCAUGCAGUCUUUGCAUUGAACAUCCAUUUUUAAUCUCCGCCCGUAACCAAGAAACGGGGGAGAAAGAGAGUGUGUGAGAGAGCGAGGAAAAGCGGGUUGAAGAGGAUAGGAAAGAGGAUAGCUUAUUUAAUUAAAGCGACCUGCCUGUGUAGGAUGAAGUUCUGCGGGAAUUCGAAACAACCCAAUCUGAAGAAAUGAAUUUUAAUUAACCCGAAAUGUCGUAAUAGAUUGGAAUAUCCGUCACCUAGGAAACUCGCUUGCAAAACUGCGCUCCAUACAGGAAGGAGUGCACCAAUACCAAGCGGGGUAAACUGGGGGGUGGGGUUACAAACUGUAAAGAAGGUAUCCCUGUGCAUGAAGUUGAAAAUCAGAGAUUGCUGUUUGGUUUCUGAUCUCUCUGGGAUGUGGAAAAACGAGCCCAGUCAAAACCAUGAUCUAAAGGGAAUCGUUGCCUAAAAACUACGUUUUUUUUUCUGUAUUUUGUGCACCAUGUCAGAGAAGUUGACUAUUACGAUAUGACAACCUAAUCUCACCUGGGAGAGACUGAAAAAAAAAAGUUAAAAAAAAAACCCAGUUUUGGAUUUGCAAUGAUGUUGCGUCCUGGAUCUGCAAUGAUGAUCCAUGUGAACGGACUGGGGUAUGCACCCCAGAACCUGGCCCGGGUGGUGGUGUGGGAAUGGCUGAACGAGCACGGUCGGUGGCGACCCUACAGCGCUGCCGUGUGCCACCACAUCGAGAACGUGUUGAAGGGGGACUCGCGGGGCACGGUGGUGCUGGGCCAGGUGGACCCACAACUGGCCCCUUACAUCAUAGACCUGCAAUCAAUGCACCAGUUUCGACAGGACACAGGCACCAUGCGGCCUGCGCAGCGUAACUUCUAUGAGCCCUCUUCGGCCCCAGGGAAGGGGGUGGUGUGGGAGUGGGAGAACGACAGCGGCUCCUGGACCCCCUACGACAUGGAGAUCUGUGUGACUAUCCAGAACGCCUAUGAGAAGCAGCACCCCUGGCUGGACCUCACCUCGCUGGGCUUCUGCUACCUCAUCGACUUCAACAGCAUGACCCAGACCAACCGGCAGAGCCAGCGCAAGAGGAGGCUGCGUCGCAGGAUGGACCUGGCCUACCCGCUCACCACGGGCUCCAUCCCCAAGUCCCAGUCCUGGCCUGUCGGCACCAGCUCCGGCCAGCCCUGCUCCUGCCAGCAGUGCAUCCUGGUCAACAGCACCCGGGCCGCCUCCAACGCCAUCCUGGCCUCCCAGCGCCGCAAAGUCUAUACCGGUGCCAACGGGACCCCCGGGACCCUCACUCUGGUCAGGCAGAGCAACACCUUUGCAGGCACCACUCUCUGGUCCCCAACCUCUUCGGUCAGCAGAGGCUCAGCCAAGCCAGAGCAGGUCCAGUCCCCAGGUACGGGAACCACCUACCCCAGGGUGCCUGCUCUCUCUGCCCCCACCCCCGCCUCUGGGCAGAACAACCUGAACCGGCCCGGCCCCCAGCGAUUUGCCUUGGUGAGCACGCGAGGAUCCAUCCCACCAGGGGUCCCUGCACUUCCUGUGAAGAACCUUACUGGCUCUGGCCCAGUUCACCCAGCAUUGGCAGGCAUGACUGGCAUCCUGAUGUGUGCAGCGGGCCUCCCUGUGUGUCUGACCAGGGCCCCCAAACCCAUCCUGCACCCCCCUCCCAUCAACAAGGGCGACAUAAGGCCUGUUCCGGGGGUAAACGGCACCUGCCGCAAAACCAAGAAGAAGCACUUGAAGAAAGGGAAGAACCCAGAGGAUGUGGUGAAGAGAUACAUGGAAAAAGUGAAGGCGGUUCCUGAUGAGGACUGCACAAUCUGUAUGGAGAGACUGACCACCUCGUCCGGCUACGACGGGGUGCUCAGCCACAAAGGGAUCAAGUCGGACCUGGUGGGCAAGCUGAGCAAGUGUGGCCACAUCUACCACCUGCUGUGCCUGUUAGCCAUGUACAACAACGGCAACAAGGAUGGCAGUCUGCAGUGCCCCACCUGCAAGGCUAUCUAUGGUGAAAAGACAGGCACACAGCCCCCUGGGAAGAUGGAGUUCCACGUCAUCCCCCACUGCCUUCCCGGAUACCCCGAAUUCAAAACCAUCCGCAUUGUCUACGAUAUCCCUGCCGGCAUCCAGGGCACCGAGCACCCAAAUCCAGGGAAGAAGUUCAGCGCCAGAGGAUUCCCUCGGCACUGCUACCUGCCGGACUUAGAAAAGGGAAGAAAGGUCCUCAAGCUGUUGAUAGUUGCCUGGGACCGCCGCUUGAUCUUUACCAUCGGCACGUCCAACACCACUGGGGAGUCGGACACUGUGGUCUGGAAUGAGAUCCACCACAAGACGGAAUUUGGCUCCAACUUGACAGGACACGGCUACCCUGACCCCAAAUACCUGGGCAAUGUCCUGGCGGAACUCUCCGCUCAGGGAGUGACCGACGAGGUGCUGAAAGACUGAGGCACAACAAGAGAGAGGAGCAACUUGUGACGAGGAAGGAUCUUCUUUACGAAAAAGGAAAACAAAAGGAAUCUUCUUUAACUUAGCGACUUGCUAAAAAAAAAAUAAAUAAAUAAAAUAACCACUAUUUCUUCUGCUUUAGCUCCAUUUGCCUUGGGCUUGCAUUAUCUUGCCAAAAAAAUGAAAACAAAAGUGGAGGAACAAAGUUCUGAGCCUGCCCUCUAGGAGGAGCUUAGAGGGAGGCUGGGACUGCUGCAUUUUUAUUGGUCACUGUGUCUGCGGGGGCGGGACAGAGUAGGGAGGCUCUUCCACUUAGAGAUGGUAGAUUGUCAUGAAAGAGCAAAGUCAUCAAUUUAAUGUUAACCAUUUUCUUUGUCUUGAAUAAAUAAAUCAAAUAUAGGAAUAUAUUAAUGGAUUCAUUAACAUACCUUGCUGUUGUUAUGGAGUGCAGAAAGGCUAUGGUUUUAUCAUAUAUAUAUAUAUAUAUAUAUAUAUAUAUAUACACGUUUACAAAUAAGCCCUUAUUAAAGGAGCGGUGUCCGAAUACUUUAGUAUUCUCAACUAACCUUUGAAGUGGAGAAUCUAUAUAUAAUCUAAAUGUUAAAAAUGUAUAUUUGCCCUGCAAAGUGGCUGAACACACAAAACUUACUCCAGUUUAGUUUGUCAAGAACCUGCAGAUUGGAAGCUUUUGUCACUUCUACAUGCAAAAACUUAAAUGAAUAUAGAUUUAGAUUUUCAUUUUACUCCAUAUUUCCCCUUUUUUAACAUUACAAUGUUCUGUUUUUGCUUGUCAAGUUGUUACAUUCGAAAUACUGUAGUUUGCGUGCUAGCAAAAAUCCCCUAGAAACUGCACCGUGGGAAGAUGUAUGACUUUAGUACAGCUUAUAGUUGAAGUUCUGCUUAUGGUAGCCACUUCUGGUGAAGAAUUUCAAAGAAAAGCUGGUUUCUUUAUAGCAAAUGCAUUAAGAAAGGGAGUUUAAAAACAGUGGUUCCAGCAACGUCAUGAGAUUUAACCUCCUUGUCAAAUAGCUUGCCAAUACACAUUCAGAGUAGAUGUAUUAGUAUAAUAUUGUAGAUGUAUUUAAACCAUUUAUAAACGUAUUUCCUCAACAAGUCCUUCCAAGAUUUAAAAUAAAUCCUUAAAUUGAAUUUCUUACGUAGUGGUCUGUUUGUGUCCCAUUCGGUGUCCCUUGCAUGUUAAAAAAUAUGUUUUACAAACAAGUGCAUUAUAUUGUAAGAAGGCUGUUACUGCCAAGUCCAUGCCAAAAGUAUGAGCUUUCUAAGUGUUUAUUGUGAAAUGCAUUUAUAUAACAGAAACACCAGCCCUGCUAACUUCACAACCAUGUAACGUAUUGAAGAGUAAACAGACAAAAAGGAAUAUAUAUAUAUAUAU